AUGGUGGAGAAUGACACCUACCGUGGGCCUUACACUGGAUCGGAGCUUACCGAUGCCUGCAAACACAGUGAGGAGCGAUCGCCAGCCUGCUACGAAGAGAAGAUGUUCGAGGAUUAUUCCUUGCAAGUCAUCAAGAACCACGAUGCAUCUGAUGAAGAGCAUCCGCUCUUCCUCUUCCAUGCAUUUCACCUGCUGCACACGCCUUUGCAGGUGCCGAAGUACUACUUCGACCAGAUCGAGGAGAGUGUGAUCUCAAAGGGAGGCCGGGCCUUCGAUUCGGAGAACCGCCGCCUCAUCAUGGCCAUGACGAAGUACAUGGACGACACCAUCAAGAACCUGACCACGGCCUUGAAAGACAAGGGCAUGUGGGAGAACACCUUGGUGGUCUUUACCACGGACAACGGGGGCCCCAUCUAUGAGCCUGGGUCAUCCAACAACUACCCGCUUCGUGGAGGGAAGUACUCCGACUUCGAGGGCGGCGUCCGCACCACGACUUUCAUGUCAGGAGGUUACAUCCCCAAGGAGAGGCGCGGAAAGGUACACAAGGGCGUGGUCUCCUUGGCCGACUGGUACACCAUGUUCUCCGAGUUGGCGGGCGUCGACCCGGAGGACGCCGAGGCGGCCAGGGCCAACGUCUGGCUGAAAGCACAAGGCCUCACCGAGCUGAGCAAAGUGGACGGGAAGAAGGGUCAACUGGAAGCCAUCUUGAAGGGAGAGCCUGGGCCCUGGGCCAACGAAUCCCUCUUCAUCUCCGGCAACGCCAUGUUGGAAUACCCAUAUAAGCUGAUCACAGGGAAGCAGCCCUACAUGAGGCACACGGGCCCCUUGUAUCCCAACUGCAGCACCAUCUCCUCGAUGACGGGUGGCCAGGGCCCCGACUUCAUUGACUUCGGAGUCUUGGAGAAGAAGCCAGACCUCGGAGACAAGUCUUACUGGCGAGGCGAUUGCGCUCACGGGUGCCUCUUCAACGUGGAGGAGGACCCUUCCGAAAGCAUGGAUCUCUCUCAGGAUCCUGCCCAACAAGAGAGGAUGAGGCGCAUGAUCGACGCUUUGUCACAGCACAACCAGACACUCUUCAUCCCAGAACGUGGCGAGACUCACCUGAAGGCAUGCUACUCAAUGAUGCUGAAUGGCGGCGGGCACUUUGGACCCUUCGUGAACAUCGAAGGCUACUAUACAACACCUCCGAGGGAGAUGAAUGACCUGAACCUUCGGGAGAAGGCUCAGCUGAUGAUGAUGGCGGCCGUUGAGAAGGAUCCCCUUAGAUCCUUCGUCCAGAAGAUGGCGGCAAAGCGCAUCCUGAAAAAGUUGGAGGAGACAAGUGACAAGUGCUGCACGAACACGGCAUGCACCGGGAACAGCACUGAUCCCGGCAUGCCUGAUGUGUUCACGUUCAUCCAAAGUGUCAAUGCCACCAUGAUCGAAGCAGUUGGCGAAACUGGACUCGGCGGAUACGUCUAG